AUGUCAAACAAUGAGGAAACUGAUCUGUCAACUCUAUUCGAAAGACUUAAUGAAGCUGAGCCGGUUAUAGCUGAUGCGAGACUAGUUUUGGAAGAGUUCGAUGGUUCUGCGAUUUUGAGCGAACAAACUAAAAAAUUUAAAUCCGUCGUUGAAGAAGUUUUAGAACUUUCCCGACAGUUCAAUCUCGAGGGAAAUGAAGAAAUUAGUAUGGAAAAAAGACUGAAAAUUGGUAACGAAUUGAUUGAGAAAAUCCCGCUGAUGAUGGUACGAAUCACGAUUCACCGGGCUUCGCAAUCUGAAAAGCUGGCCUUAACAUUUAAAAACAUGCUUGUAUUUCUAUUAAAACUUGGCGAUGCGGUUGCUGAUAUUUUGAAGGAGUUCAAAGUCGGACAAAACAACGACACUAAAAUACCCAAGAAGUCUAGGGAAUGGGCAAAAAUAGCUGGGGAAAUUCUUCCAUACAUUGUGGAUGCCGCCCUUGCAACAUCAAAUCAGAAAAACCAAUCUUUGGAUCGUAUCAUUAACUUUCUUACCCGGGUGAAACAACUCUAUCCUCCGGAAUGGUGGGAUCAAUAUUUGGAUACCGUCGGGGGUGGAAUCAUUGAAGAUACGAUAAAGUUCAAAACAAGAAUCGAAGACUACCAGUUGACUCUUGGUGAACUAACAGAAGAAAUUGGAGAAAUAUUUGGCUAUGUAGACAAUCGAAUGUAG